GUUCGACGCGUUCGGGUUAUAAAACUAAUAAAUAAAUAAAGCCAAAUCAAAUGUCAAUAUUAUUUUUUAACAAUCAGUGCGCAUUCGGCGCCCUGCGUGUACUGUUCGAUGUCGGAACUUUGAAAACAUAAAAAAAUUUAACUAAAUUCUAUGUCAAUAUUUUGUGGAAGCGUUACGUCAAUAAGUUCAAAGAUAAAUAUAUAAAACAUGCUGUUCCUGCGCUCUAACGAGGAGCACUCAGACGAGGAGCUCUUCAAAAUCAAACAAUUGCGUCAGCUCGUAGAGAAGUCUGAUGAGCUGCAUGUGGGCACCGAUGAGGUAUUUUUGACCAAAUUUCUGCAUUACACCAAUUGGGAUACAUUCAGGGCAUAUCAAGCUAUACAUGCCUAUUAUGAUUUUAAGCUAAAGCAUCCCACCUGGGUGGCUCAGCACCCUGUACAGUAUUAUGCAAAAAUAUUCUAUGCUACGCAAUGUCGAUUCGUAAUGCCCCAUACGGAUAAGGAUGGACGUGUGCUGGUUAUCUUUAAGACGGUGGACGCGUUUCAACAAUUUCCCGAUUAUUUGCAGCAUUUGGUCGAAAUGGAUGAUCUCAUCUUUGAGUCUAUGUUAAUGUUGCCGCGAGUUCAGCGAAAUGGCAUAACGGUGAUUUGUGACCUUCAGGGCACAACUAGAAACUUUCUACGUCAGUUCUCGCCGAUGUUCAUGAAGAUUGUGAAUGAGAAGAAUACGGUUCUGCCCUUUUCACAGCGAAUUGUGCACAUCAUACAACGCGGCUUUCUAAUGCACGUGACAUCUUCACUAUUUCUUCCCUUUAUGAAUAAGGAUUUUAAAGAGCGUAUCUUCACUCACGAUGGUCGACAUUUGAACAAACUGCGAGAGAUGGUUGGAGUUGAUUGUUUGCCUGCAGAAUAUGGCGGUCCAGCAACUAAUGUGCUCGAUACAAAUUUGAUUUUUAAUCAUUUAAGCCAAAAUUCGGAAUACUUAGAGCAAUUGCAACAUUAUAAUAAGCGUUGAAUAGAGAACAGACAUGAUUCUAUUUUAUUAAAUAUAAUUGACAUUAAAGUUUAUAAACGUUAUAUU